AAUGGACUGCUACGUCGUUGUAGCAGCUAUUCGUUUCACUUUCUGUAUGUAAGACAAAAAAUACGCUAAUAAUGGGGGAAUUUUAACACCCACAGGCGAAAGUGCAUGUCCAGUAGCCUACCAUACGACAUCUGCCCUGUGCCUUCUUUCCUCCUCCCCUUGCUGGCUUGCUGUUCGUCUCCUUCCCUCCCCUCCCCGUGUGACUGAGAAUGCCCGUGUUGUACUGACAGAAACGAUACGGGCUUACAGACAUGGAGGCCCGAUUAAUGACAGAGGCCUAUUCCGACACGUCUCGGCUCAGCUAACGUUGUCCCGGAGAAGAGUCCAGUCGUGUUUGGUGAUAUCAAGGAUACCAAUUGCUGUGAGGAAAAGAAAAACUGGUUGAGGGGGAAGAAAUAGAGGGAGAUCCAUUUCGGGUCUCUGUUGAUUCAACGCAGCCGCCAUUUUGUUGACACAGUUGGAACACAAAUACUGUGGCCACCAUGUUAAUACGCACGAAGGGAGGAUUUCGAUCCAAAUAAUGUGAACUCUGUUUUUGGACUCCUACGGAGCUCAAAGGACGGAGGAAGGGCUGGGUAGCCAGGAAGGAAGCAAAACUACCGAACAAGGAUUGCUCUUCAACUUCCCUAAGAUCCCCCUCCCCCUUUCUCCCUUCAGCUCAACCCUGUCUUCCCCCGGACCAACCCUGUCUUUUCCCUAGAACCCGUUCCUGGCAUCUAAAAUAUCCCUCCCUAGUCCACACUUGCCCCCCAAAUCUCUGAUGGAUCAGAGGACUCAGGGGGGACCUUCCACUCCGGCCCCCCUCCCCAACACUGCUCCCCCAGGAGUUCGAGAAAAGGAGGGAGGGGGUGGGAAGAAAGAAGAGGAGGAAGAGAAGAAGGAACGUGAGGGGUCCCAGACGGACUUGUCCUCUGCCACGAGUGGAGGACCAGGCUCCGGUGAUCAGCAGCAGUCGCCCCAGUUCUCAGUCAAAGAGAGCAGCUACUCCGAGGGCAACGUCAAACUCAAGAUCGGCGUGCAGGCCAAACGCACAAAGAAGCCGCCCAAGAUCCUGGAGAACUACGUGUGUCGGCCGGCCUUCCGGGCCACUGUGAGACACAGCGGGCGUGGUGGUGGACGGGGGAGCCGGGGAGGGACAAGUGAUGGGGGCAACCACACCCAGAGCCCCCCCCACGGCAGGGAGAGAGAGCACUGUCCGGGCAUGAACCGACCCAACCCGCUGUCUUCGUCUCAGUCUGUUGCCCCUCCUCCAGCUCCUUCCACCGUUUCACCCAAUCCAGUGAAUGGGAGUACUCCAGCUAAACGGGGUCCUCCAAAACCAGCCUGCAAGUCGGAGAAGUUGGAAGCAAAGUCGGAGUUAAAAUCCAGCAUGUCAGCAGAGAGACCCUUGAAUCUUCACCGCCCUUCAACAGACAGCAAAACGCACCACGCCUCCAUAAAGAAGUCGGACAGUCCCCUAACGGUGUCACCAACCUCCUCGCCUUGCCCUGCUGCACUCCCAUCACAGGAAUCCAGCGUGGAAGGCUCUACCAAACCUCCUGUGUACACUUACAGCAGUGAGGGUCAAAGAGAAAAGGACCGGGGUGUUACUAGUUGGGGCGCUCCUACAGUCACAGAGAAGCUAGCGCAACUCAUAGCUACAUGCCCUCCCUCAAAGACCACAAAGGUGAAACCCCUCAAAACGACUCCUUCCCCUACCAGCCACAUCAGUUCUAACUUUAUGGCCCCCACCUCAAAGCAGCGAGAUCGUGCUCUGGCUAACAGGGCGACGUAUUCCAGAACGGUCCACCUAGCUCCACCCCCGGCAGUCUCGCGCCCUCCUGGCCGCCCCUACGGCUCACGCAACAACAAAGACAGUGUUUCAGAGAAGUCCUCCACCCCAACUGGGAAAGAGGAGGCAGAUGGCAGCAACAGCAGUCGGAGCAGCAGCCCUGCGCUAACCUACGGUGGUGGGAACAGCCGCCUGGUUACUAAUUCCAAGGACAAUGAUGGCAUCAGAAACGCCACCAAGCCGCCACAUUCACGUCUCACUCACUGCCCACCCAACUCUUCUUCCUCAUCCUCUUCAUCCUCACCUUCUCAUUUGUUAUCCAGCUCUUCAGAGCAGAGGACUGGGAGCGCUACAAGUCGCCAGGCCUCCCCUGCUUCUCAAGGACACCUCUCUAGGGAAAGAGACCCAGACAGAAACAGUCCUCCUCUGGCAGAAGAGCGGGAGAGCAGUGACAGGGAGAGCCGUGAGAGGGAGAGCCGUGAGAGGGAGAGCCGUGAGAGGGAGAGCCGUGAGAGGGAGAGCCGUGAGAGGGAGAGCCGUGAGAGGGAGAGCCGUGAGAGGGAGAGACGUGACAGGGAGCGUAAUGAGAGGGAACGUGAUCGGGACGGCCCCAGAGACUUAACCAAAUACAACCCUCCAUCCGCAUUGGGCAAGCAGGAGGCCAAGGACAAAGGAGGAAGUCAGUCACUCAGAGGUGAGAGAGGCAACAGCUUGAGCCCUAGUAAACAAAGUCCCAACAGGGAUAGUCGUGUAAGCAGGACAUCCAGUCCCCUGGGGUCUGUCAGACGGACCGAGUCGCCACCGGAGCCCACUAGCAACCGCUCACCCACUCCACUCAGAGAUGAGUCCCCGGGAGACGAGUCACCAGGCUCACCCCCAGAUCAGGACAACAAACCCCUAAAGAAGCGGCGAGGCCGGAAGCCCCGCUGGACCAGGAUUGUGAACCGGACACAGAGGGCAGGCCAGGGUAGCCCCACUGACCAACGCAAAACUAUCACGCCUUUAUCGUCAGGCCUUGAUACACCCCCUCCCAUACGCAGGCCUGUAGGACGGCCUCCCAACCCCAAUAAAGUCACACAACCCAACGUGUCACAACUCUUCCCUCAGCCAGCCAGGAAAAGAGGACGGCCUAAAUCUAAAAUGCCCAGGCUGGACGCCCCCACCCGUGGACGACCUCCUCACAAACUGGCCCCCUCCAAGGUUUUUUCGUUACUCAAGUCAAAAGAGGAGCAGGACCCCCCUGUUCUCCACCCAGAGGUUGACCUGAAUCCUCCCAAACCUAUGCCAAGGAAGCGGGGAAGACCAAAACGCCUGCCCCCGACCUUGCCGCCAGAGGGCCAGCCCCCAACUCUUGCCCCGGAAGCAGGGGACGGGAAACAGUUCCGGAACAAGGGCAACGGGCAGCUCAUCAUGAAGACCAUCAUUGGCAAGAUCAACAAGAUGAAAAGUGUCAAACGCAAACGGUUCCUCAGCCAGAUCCUACUAGGCCCAGGGUCCGGGCCAGAGCAGGAGCCCCCUAGAGGACCUGCCAGUGGGGUGGUGGGCCAGGUAGCAGCUGCCACCCAGUCUUUAUCCUCCCUGGCUGCUUCUUUCGGAGGCAAACUAGGGCCCCAGAUCAACGUGAGCAAAAAGGGGACGAUAUACAUGGGGAAAAGGAGGGGACGCAAACCAAAACCGUCGGGAAACUCAGCUGCAACACCGCCCCCAGAGGGGGCUUUCUUGUCUCCAAGCACCACAUCGCCCCUCCACCACCACCACCAGUCUCAGCAGCAACAGCACUCACUCCCUUCUACAGGGGUGUUUCCCUCCCCAUCACUCUCCCAGUCCAGUGGAGGCCAGAGCCCCAUCAGUGACGGCAGCUUUGUUGAACCCGGGGCAGUGCACUUUCUGACCCACCCACACUUCCACAGCCACUCCCACCACAGCCACCACUCGUUCCCUUUCCCUCCCCCAACAUUCUCCGCCCCCUCGCCUCGCACUCUGGGCCCUCUCGGCUCCUCGGCGGCAGUGGCCUCUCAGAAGAAGUCGUACCGUGGCUACCAUCACCACCACCACCACCAUUACAGGCCGCACUAUCACUACCGAAAGCUUUCUCCCCCAAGGCCCCUCCACCCCACCUCCCCUGCACCCCUAAGUGAGCUGAAAGAAGCCACUCCCUCGCCUGUCAGUGAGUCCCACAGCGAUGAGACUGUACCCAGCGACAGCGGCAUCGGGACAGACAACAACAGCACUUCUGACAGGGGGGAGAAAGCCGGAGGGGUGGGCGCCCUGGGCGUUGUGGCGAUGCCACCCGGGAUAGCCAGUGGGCUUUUAAUGCCAGGUGUGAUGGGUUCAGCCGUAGCAGUGGGUGUUGGGCUCAGCCCACGCGGUAGACGAAGACAUUCGUCCUCAAUGCUGCUGGAACACCCCUCGCCCUCCCCCUCUCCACUGGGUGCGAGGUCCUCUUCAGAUCCACGCAGGCCCCACCCGGCAGCCGCUCCGUCAGUGCUUGUGGGCCACAAAGAGAAACACAAGCACAAAUGCAAGCGCAGGAGCCACGGCUGUCCUGGCUAUGACAAGCUCAAGAGGCAGAAGCGCAAACGGAAGAAGAAGUACCUGCAGCUGCGUUCCCGGCGCCAGGACCCAGACUUCCUGGCCGAGCUGGAUGAGAUUGUGGUGAGGCUGAGUGAGGUCCGGAUAGCACACCGCACCCCCGCGCUAAGACUGGGAAGUGGGCUGGGGAUGCCCCCGGGGCCUGCUGCGGCAGGCAGAGUGCCAGGGCCAGGAGGCAGGGCAACCGGGGCCAUGGGAGGCACUGGGGGCCCCCCUCCGCAUCACUACCUACACAGAGACCUGCUCCCCACCAUCUUCAGAAUCAACUUCAGCGGCUAUUAUUCACCCCACCCUUCGUACCCUUGCGACUCGCUGCACUAUGUACGCAAGCCGGACCUGAAGAAGAAGAGAGGACGCCCUCCUAAGUUGCGGGAGUCCAUGUCGGAUGUCCCUUUUGUUCAUGGGCUUGGAUUCCCACUCUCCAGCGGCGGGUUCUACCACCCGCCAUAUGGCGUCCCAUACUCGUCUGGUCCCCUCGGGCUAGGCUACUACAGAGGGUACCCCCCGGCCAGCGCCCUAUACCCCCAUCACCAGAACGCCCACUCGGCCCCGCCCCACCACACACAUCACUCCCCCUCCUUCCCCCCGCCGCCGCCGCCCCCUUCCUAUGUACACCACCACCACCCGUCACACCUCCUGCUCAACCCUUCCAAGUUCCACAAGAAGAAACACAAGCUGCUCAGGCAGGAGUUCCUGGGCGCGGGCCGUUCACCCGUGCUCUACCCGCCCAUGUCAUCGGAACUGUCGUUCAGUUGGCACCACAAACACAAGCACCGACACAAACACAGAGAGCGCUGUCCAGAAGAGGAUGGAGAAGAGGGAGGGGGUGGUGGAGGGGGCCGAGGGGGAGCAGGGUUGUCCGAGAGUCCUGGGUCGGGAAGAGGAGAGCGUGGAGCCAGCGCGUCCGGAAUGGCCGAAUCUCUGCAGCGCUGUCGCUUCGGAAGAGACUCCUCUGCUACCACUGCCAGCGCCAACAAACAGGCCACGGCCACCUCUGCCAACUCCCCUUCCUCGUCGUCCUCUUCCUCAGCGGAGAGGUACAAGCGGAAGGAUACGCCCCUGUCCUGCCUGGGGCCCUCUCGCCUUUCCCUGGGCCACCACCCUGUGGAGUCCUGGUUCAGGAUGGGCAACUCGGAGGCCGACUACACUAAGCUCUCUCGGAACCCAGCGGGUGCCGGCCAAGGCCCCUUCACUGACAGCCAGGGAGAGAACCGGGCAGGCUGCUCUGACAGCGAGGAGGAGGAUGAUGAGCCCCUCACACCGACAGAUGAGACUGAGCCUAACUCCCAGGAGCCCCCCCACCACACCAACCUGUUCGCCACUGCUCUGAACCGUACCUCUCUAAGGGGAGGCCAUAGCAGAAAAGGACAGGCUCUGGAGAGCGCCAAUUUCUCCCGGAUGGAGCGGUCGUUAAGGAAGGAGAGCUCCACGUCAGCAGAGAGGAGAGAGAUUGGCAGUACGCCAGGGGUCCAGACCCGAGGGGCCCACUCCACCCCAGAGGACCACCUCAGGCAGCACCACCACCCCCACCAUCUUCCCCUGUUCCACACCCAUCCCAGUCACGAUGCGCCUUCCCAGGGCUGCUCCCUGGAUGAUGGUGGCUCCCUGCUGCACCACUCCCACAGGACCCAGCCCUCCAAACACAGCCUGCAUCACGUCAACAAGAUCCUCCGUGCCAAGAAGCUCCAGAGGCAGGCGAGGACAGGCAACAACGUGGUCAAGAAGAGGGGGCCCGGGCGCCCCCGGAAGCAUCCCCUGCCCUCCCCUCCCCCGUCGCCUCCCCUGCCAACUGAACUGACGCAGAACAGGCACCGGGACCGAGGGGGGGGGGGGGUUUCUGGGGGAGUAACGUGGGAGGGAGACACGGUGACAGAUGCGAUCGAGUCUGUUGUCCAGGGCCAGCGCAGGAAGAGCCAGAAGAGGAAGCACUGGCAAACAAACGGGGACAAUGAGGAGGAGGAGGAUGAUGAAGAGGAAGGGGAGGAGGGAGAGGUGGAGGAGAGACCGUUGGACAGGGAGGAGAACCUGGGAGGUCUUGGGAUGAGGUCUAGAGCCGGCGGAGGAAGUGAGUGGCUCACCCAGGAUGAGGUCACCCGCUUUCGCAGUGAUCUGGAGGGGAAACCAGAUGGCCCCUCCUCCCCGGAACGUCCGGGCACUGUGUCCAUGGAGCCAGCUCCGCCUAUGCCUAUAACAAGCCAACGUGAGAAGAGGGCAGCCAGGCCUCCGAAGAAGAAGUUCCAAAAGGCGGGGCUCUUCUCCGAUGUGUACAAGACUGCAGAUCCUCGUAGUCAGCUCCUGCAGCUGAAGAAAGAGAAACUGGAGUACACACCUGGGGAACAUGAGUACGGCCUUUUUCCUGCCCCCAUCCAUGUUGGCAAGUACCUAAGACAGAAGCGCAUUGAUUUCCAGCUGCCUUACGACAUCUUGUGGCUUUGGAAACAUGACCAGCUUUACGAGAAGCCUGAUGUCCCCCUUUAUAAAAAGAUCAGAUCAAAUGUCUACGUGGAUGUGAAGCCGGUGUCGGGUUACGAAGCCAACACUUGUAACUGCAGGCCUUCCGGGGAAUCCGCCGACAAAGGCUGCCUUGACGAAUGCCUCAACAGGAUGAGCUUUGCCGAGUGUUCCCCCAGCACAUGUCCCUCUGGGGAGCAGUGUGACAACCAGCACAUCCAGAGGCAUGAAUGGGUGCAGUGCCUUGAGCGCUUCCGCGCCGAGGGUAAGGGCUGGGGCAUCCGCACUAAGGAGCCCCUCCGCUCAGGCCAGUUCAUCAUUGAAUACCUGGGAGAGGUCGUCAGCGAGCAUGAGUUCAGGAGUCGUAUGAUGGAGCAGUACUUUGCCCACAGCGGCCAGUACUGUCUAAACCUGGAUAGUGGCAUGGUAAUCGACAGCUACCGGAUGGGCAAUGAGGCCCGCUUCAUCAACCACAGCUGUGAACCAAACUGUGAGAUGCAGAAGUGGUCUGUGAAUGGGGUGUACAGGAUUGGCCUCUUUGCCCUCAAGGACAUUAACAGUGGCACAGAGCUCACCUACGACUACAACUUUCAUUCCUUCAACACCGAAGAGCAGCAAGUGUGCAAGUGUGGAUCUGAGGGCUGCCGGGGCAUCAUCGGAGGGAAGAGCCAGCGAAUCAAUGGGCUGCCUGGGAAGACAGGCGGGGCCCGGCGGCUGGGUCGACUCAAGGAGAAACGCAAGUCCAAGCACCAGCUGAAAAAACGAGAGGAGGAGUCAAGUGACAGCAGCAAGUUUUACCCACACCUUCUCAUGAAGCCCAUGUCCAACAGAGAGAGGAACUUUGUGCUUAAGCACCGUGUGUUCCUGCUGAGGAACUGGGAGAAGAUGAGAGAGAAGCAGGAGAUGCUGAAGAGGGAGGGCGAAAGGGAGCGAGAUUCCAGCGGCCUGUCCAUCUACACACGCUGGGGAGGAGUCAUUCGAGACGAUGGAAACAUCAAGUCCGACGUGUUCCUGACGCAGUUCUCAGCUCUGCAGACUUCCCGCUCGGUGCGCACUCGUAGGCUGGCAGCAGCCGAGGAGAACACGGAGGUCACCCGAACGGCCCGUCUGGCGCACAUAUUCAAGGAGAUCUGCGACAUGAUCACCAGCUACAAGGACUCAUCUGGUCAGACCCUUGCUGCUCCGCUGGUCAACCUGCCUUCGAGAAAACGGAACACCCAGUACUACGAGAAAGUGUCGGACCCGCUGGAUCUGAGCACCAUUGAGAAGCAGAUCACUACGGGCCACUAUAAGACUGCCGAGGCUUUUGACACUGACAUGCUAAAAGUUUUCCGCAAUGCAGAGAAAUACUACGGUCGAAAGUCAUCGGUGGGGCGGGACGUGUGCCGGCUGAGGAAGGCCUACUAUGGCGCUCGCCACGAGGCCGCCGUCCAGAUCGAUGAGAUCGUUGGGGAGACUGCCAGCGAGGCAGACAGCUCAGAUUCCCUAGAACGAGACCACGCCCAUCAUCACCACCAUCACCAUGGAGGGGACCGACCGGGUUCCCAUGACAAGGACGAUGACAUCAUCCGCUGCAUCUGCGGCAUGUACAAGGACGAGGGCUUGAUGAUCCAGUGUGAGAAAUGCAUGGUGUGGCAACACUUUGACUGCAUGCGGUUGGAGGCGGAGGUGGAACAUUACCUGUGUGAGCAGUGUGACCCGCGACCUGUGGACAGGGAGGUGCCCAUGCUGCCACAGCCCAGCUACGCCCAGUCUGGGUCCAUAUACUACAUCUGUCUGCUACGCGACGAACUGCUGCUACACCAAGGUGACUGUGUGUAUCUGAUGAGGGACAGCAGGCGCACUCCUGAGGGACAGCCAGUCAGGCAGUCCUAUCGCCUCCUUUCACACGUCAACCGGGACAAGCUGGACAUUUUCCGCAUCGAGAAGCUCUGGAAGAGUGAAAAAGGUGAGAGGUUCGCCUUCGGCCACCACUACUUCCGGCCUCAUGAGACACACCACUCGCCAUCACGCCGCUUCUACCACAAUGAGCUGUUCCGCGUGCCUCUCUACGAGAUCAUCCCUCUUGAGGCAGUGGUCGGGACCUGCUGCGUCCUCGAUCUCUACACCUACUGCAAGGGGCGACCGAAGGGUGUGAAGGAACAGGACGUGUAUAUCUGUGAUUACCGCCUGGAUAAGUCUGCUCACCUCUUUUACAAGAUCCACCGCAACCGGUUUCCAGUGUGCACUAAGCCCUAUGCCUUCAAUCACUUCCCCAAGAGGCUGGCCCCCAAGAGAGACUUCUCGCCGCACUACGUUCCUGACAACUAUAAGAGGAACGGUGGCCGUUCAGCCUGGAAGAGUGAGCGGCCCAAAGGAGUGGGAGGGCCCUGCGAGGACGACACCACCCGAUGUGACCGGACCGAUUUCCGCCCAGAGGGCGAAGAUGUUCGAGGGCUGGAAGGGGACAUGGAUGUUGCCCCUGAUGAGCCCACGCCCCAAAUGGUCGCUCCGCCCCCACGACCGGAUGUGCCCGUGGGGGGAAACGAGGAAGAAUCUGAGGAAGAAGAGGAAGUGAGGCAGGAGGUAGAGGAGCCCACGGAAAUGGAGGAAGGUCCGGUAGAGAGAGGAGUUGAAAUGCUAGAGCUUAUUCCCUCAUCCUCCACGUCAUCCUCACCCCUCCAUCACCUGGGACUGGGUCGGAGAGAUGCGCAAAAGGAUCGGCUGAACAAGAUUCUACUGGACUUACUGCAAAGAACAUCCAAUAAGAACGCUAUAGAUGUCACUUACCUCCUGGAAGAGGGGUCAGGCCGGCGACUACGUAGGCGGACGCUCGGAUUUGGAGACUUUGUAGCUAGAAAAUAACGUGUAAGGGAGGGCGGGGUGGAAAAAGGAGUAGGCAAAGAUGACAUUAACAGGAAGGUGGAGAUCUGCAACGGGAGUUGACCACAAAGGGUUGGCCCCCUUUAGGUGGCAUCCCCUCUCCCCCACCACCUUGUCAACUCAAGCGACGAAACAACACAACAAACAGAACGGUUUGAAGCAGCGCACUUCGUGGUCGUGAUCUAUAAUAACAGUUUUGUAGAGGACACAAAGACUUCUCAGGAGAGUGGAGCCAGACUUAUUGAAGUAACGAUGCAAUUGUGUGCUUUAUUUUAUUU